AUAACAGUGGCAAUCGUCUAGUGUUGUUCCACAAAUGUAGGUUCAUAUCUUGGUGGGGGGUGUUUCUAUAGUGGGCAAGUGGACAAUAUCCAAUCACGUUACUUUUACACCUUCCUUGCGUGUAUGUAUUCCAAAACUUAAUACCAGACAUUGUAAGCUUGGAGGAAGACAUACAGCUGCAGAAAACUGAUAAGGCAGUGAUGGCGCCUAGAGGAAUGAAUGGCAGUGAGGAGGAUGUGGUGGGGAAAUCCGGUUGGAGCCGCAAUGCAAGUGCUAGAAAGUUCAGUAUCGAUGCAACCAAGCUCAUGGUAGCUCAAAUUCAAGGUUGGUCAUCUCGGUUCAGACUACGAUGAGUGGGUGCAUGAGCCUGUAAUGCGCAAGGAGAGUUCUAGGAUCUUCGAAAGCAGUGUGAUAGAGAUAAUAACCAGAUGCAAAUGGUGGAUGGUCCCUACGGUGUGGGGACCCGUGGUGGUGUGGUGCCAAGUGAAGGCAAUGGAACAGGGCUUGCCGACGAGUGCGUUGCCUGUGGCCCUUCUUGUGGGUUUCAUCUUUUGGACGUUUUUGGAGUAUGUCAUUCACCGAUUUUUGUUCAAUGCGAAAUCCUCCCCCGCCUGGAGAAACCAAUUGCACUAUGUCAUUCAUGGAUUUCACCUCAAGCACCCCAUGGACGCCGACCGGCUUGUGUUUCCGCCAGUGCACACUGCAGCUAUCGCCAUGAAGGAUCAUUUCAACCACCACUUCAAGAGUGGGAUGCACAGAUACGGCUUCGGCGUGACCACUUCCUUCUGGGAUGCUGUCUUCGGAACGCUUCCUCCAGCCAAGGACACUCAGCACAAAGGCUCAAUGAUUGCCGGCCAGGCUAUGGUGGAAUCCACCUCUCCAGCGUGGAACAACGGCAUCAACUGCGCACUCAACAACAAUAAUUCUCAGGAAUGAGGGCGACUGUGAUCCAAAGAGCCAAAAACACGCCACAAGUGAGCUGGUUUACGUCUGUUCCAUUCGCUCUGUCCGGGCACCUUUAGAAUGUUUUUGGAACUUGGCACCUCAUCUACCCUACCACCACCCAAAUGAUUAUAGUAAUGCAUUAGCUUUUCGCUGACCUUCCCUUGCACACAGACUGCUUACGGCGCCACCCGGGUUGAGAAUGGUUUACCAUAUAGCCGACGCUCGGUGAACAAAAUUCUGACCUGCCCUUGAUGCGGUGUUCUCAUUAGGCCUUCUUUACGAGGUUGAAACUUUCUGCGAGGAAAACGAUUUGAAAUUGAAUCCCCACCAUAGGACCGUUUACAUUGUAUAAGGUAGGAGGACCGAAUCUAGAUUUUCCGAUGCUCCGUCCGGCGUGAUGAUGGAAGAACCAUUCUUGUCGAACUCGACAAUUAUUUUGCAGGAAUCCUUUUGCUGAUUCCCGUAGCGUGCUUUCAAUGAGGAACUGACUUUGCUCAUCACAGCUUAUUGAAAAUCAGAGUAUCCGUUGCAUUGCAGUGGCCUCCAAACAAAAAAAAUAAAAAAAAAUAAAAAAUCGAACAAAAUAUUUUAGAAUAAAUGGACGAAGAAUUCCUUGAUCGAUCAUAGUUGCGUGUGCUAAAAUUAUAAAUAACGGAAAUGUCGAGAUUGAAAACUGGAAUCAGUGUCUGUGGAAUGAAUGAAAUCUUUCUGGCAAACUACCACUAGGUUCCUCGCAAUCAUUGAGGCUUCAGCUGACUCCCUAGGUCUUGUGGCCUACGGCAGCGCACCAAGUUUGCAAAACGGAAACGAAACAUGAAAAACGAUCUACCUAACAGGGGACAUCCAUCCACAACAGGUGUUGAGAAACGGCCAGGCUGAGGACAAACCGGCCGCGCUUCUCCAGGGCGACUGUCAAAUUAGAGCUGGAUUCAUGCACAACCCAGAGCCUUCCGUUUGGAGUGGGUCAAGUCAGGGGCUGUGCGGAACGUCAGCUCCAUGUCCACAAGUCACUCUGUUUCCACACUUUUCUAGGUUUCAGGGCAAACCCGCAAGGGUACUCGGAAAUAAUCGAGGGAACUCGCCUUUCUGCCCACGCUGACACUCUUCAAGUCGGCCACGCGCCAACGAUAAAGUGUGAACUGGGCGGACCCAGCAGGAUGAGGGCAAGUCUGCCACUCCUUUAUAUCAGAUUCGAGCCUCCGCUUCCCUCACAAUCACAGCAGCUCCGAGAGCCUCAUUCGGUCUUGCUCAUCUCGCGUACUUCUCCUGCGCUACACAUAAGCGACUACAUUUGUGAGGUUCUGCAAAAGACUCGAUAACGAGAAGACCCCCUCUGCCGAUUCGACCCUCAUCAGCAAUUAAAGCAAUGGCUUCCAGGACAUUCGUGAGCUCCGCGGUGACCAUCCUCGCAGUCAUGUCGAGUGUGGCAGCUGUUGCGAAUGCCCAGGCCGUUUCCCCGGCUCCUGCACCAGAUUCUGGUGCCUUUUCGUUGGUCCCUUCCAUUGUAGCCCCUGCCAUUGCAACGAUCGCCACCAUCUUCGCCACCCGUAUGUUCUGGUAAGCUUGCCGAGGGCAUGACAUUCCAAGGGUGAUGUCACACUCUGCUAUAGAGAAUAAUUUUUGUGUCCUAGGAGGCAGCGAAAGUGGGUACCAUUGAAAUUGUUUCGCACGGCAGAGACGCUACGAAGCCAUGUCAGACCAAUGAUUUUGUUUGUUGCACGAGGCAUGCUAUUUGUGCUCUAGGUGUGUGUAAGUUAUAGGCAUCGUGUACAGAUUUGAAGUGCAAUUGAGGCACAGCCAGCGGGUUUCUAGUUCCGAGUAGAAAAUACAGUGUACUGAUUUGUCGUUGAGCUUUCUUCCGAACUGCAAGGUCCCAGUGAAUGCAGAGGAAAGAAGGUUGAUCAUUAUCUAAUAAAGAGGAAAAGUUAAGCA